AGAAUGGUAACACUGAUGAACGCUUGACCAAUUUUCCGAAACAGUAAAAAAUGCAGCAGAUGAGGGAAACGCAACAACCAUUUUUUAAACCACUUUCUUUCGGUGAACAAAAUCAAAGUGCAAAAAAAUGUUUUGAGCCAUCUCAAGUGCAAGUACGCCCAAAGUUUCAGCAAAAUUCCAACCAAUAUCAGAUUAAUAAAGUGAAAGAGAAUGAACAUACAGCAUCACAACACCAAGAACAGACUCAAGGCAGUGAGAGAAUUUCCUCUUUACAUGUCAAAUUACAGCAGGAGGCUGAUCGUAUCAGAAAAUGGAAAAUUCAAACAGAAAUAGAGAUCAAGCAAAAGGACAAGAAAAUAAAAGAAGCAACUCACACCAUUGAAAGCUUGAGAAAAUCAAUGCUUGAGCUUCAGCUUCAAAAUGAAAGCCUUAGUCUGCGUCUUCAGGAGGAAAUUAGUGGCAGAGAGGAUAUUCUUCACAGAAUACAUGCUACAAGGGAAAUGUGUAAUCUUCUCAAAGAUCACUCUGCUGCUACAGAGGAAAGACUGCAACAAUGUGAAACUGAACGGACUGAGCUGAAAUACCUAGAAAAGCAACAUGUAAAGCAGUUUGAGGAAUUAUCUGAGAAGUUUAAUACUUUGGAUAUCACAUCAAAGAAAGAAAAGGAAGAGUUGACAGAGAAAUGGACAGAGGAAUGGAAUAAAGGAGAAAAACUGCAAAAAGAGCUGAAAAAUCACAAAGAGGAAAUGAAGAGAACAUUGAAUGAAUUGGAGCAACAAUGUGAGGAGAAAGAUGUUGAGAUUCGGGAUGUCAGGACUGAACUUUGCAAGAAUGAGGACCAAAUACACAAAAUGAAAACUGUUAUAGAUGACCUUCAGAGUGAAAUUCAGGAGUUCCAGAGUGAAUUGCAGCAGAAACAACAAUGUCUGACAGAAUCUGGAGAAAGACUAACCAAAAUAAUGGAUGAUUAUGGGAAAUUGGAGGAUAGACUUUUAGAGGCUAACAAGUCACUAGAGGAAAGUCAGAAUUGUCGUUUAUUACUCCAGAAAGAGUUUGAAACAAACAGAUCUUCAUGUACUGAAGAAAUAAAUAAUCUCAGGUCUCACCUUGGAAACCUUACCUGCACAUUGGACAAUGAGAAGUCAAGGGUGUCUGAGCUCGAAAUGGCUAUUCAGAAACUUGAACAUACAAUUGAAGAUUUGAAAAGCACAAAAGAUAUUUUGAUGAUGGAGAAAACGGAGGUGGAGAGUCAAGUAAUAAAACUUCAAGGAGAAAAGACUGCCAGUCAUCAAGAGAGGGAAAGACUUCUAUCGGAGAAAACAUCACUAGAAGUUCAAGUAGGAGAAUUAAGUUUGGACCUGGCAAAAUAUCAGGGGGAAAACUCUGACCACAAGACUGAAUUGCAGAGCCUCAACAAUAACUUGGAAAUGUUGCAGGAUGAAAACAAGAGAAUCAAGGAAGAACUAGAUGAUUUAAAUAAAGAAGUGCUUUCAAGAGAAUCAAAAUUUCAAGAAAUAAAGAAAUCAUUUGCUGAGAAAAUGGUUGUGUGCACAGAACAGUCUGAAGAACUAGAAAAGGUUUCUGAAAAGCUGAAAGAUGAAAGGAAGUUAAAUGAACAUUUACAAAUUAACAUUAAAGAAGAUGAAGAGCAGUUAGCAAAGCUAAACACUGCAAUUGAAGACUACAAAGCUGAGAUAAAGCAAUUGCUACAGGAAAUCAAGGUCAAGUCAAAGAAGGAAGAUAGCUCACAGAAACAGAUAGAGAAAUUAAAAGCAAUUGAGAAAGAGUAUGAAGAGAAACUUCAGCAUGCUGAAAAAGAACUGGAAACAGCACUGCAAGAAAAUGAAAUGUUAAAAUCAGAGAAGGAAGAGCAGGAUCAGAAUUACAAUGGAGAAUUAAAGAGUAUGACAAAGGAGACAGACAAGCUGGAAUUGAAAUUGAAAAAUUUAAAAGAUGAUCUCUCUAAUAAGAAUAAACAUUCAAAGGAAUUGGAAAAGGAGAUCAAAAGUCUCAAAUCCAAGUUAACUUCACAAACAAAAGCGACUGAGACCAAGGACAGAGACCUCCGAGAACUGUUGGAGGAGAAGGAAAAAUGUCAGAAAGAAAUACAGGAAUUACAGUCAGUGUGUGAGGAAUUGAGGGCUAGUAUGGAAAAGGAGAAACUUUUGUCUGAAAAAUCAAAGAAGGAGACUCAGGACGUGAAGAAACAGUUCGAUGAUAUGGUCAAGAAAAAGGAGGGAACGGAGAAAAAGUGCGAACAUGAAAUACAAGAACUCAUGGCAACCAUGGAGAAAUUUCAUCAAACAAAUGCCAAUGUUGUGGAAGACAAGGACAGGGAAAUAGAGAGACUAAAGACAGAUAUUAGCAGAAAUAUGGAUAAAUCAAAAUCGGAGAGUGAUGCCCAAAUACUGGAGCUCCGAAAUGAGAUAGAGGAAGUCCAAAAUCUCCUGGGUAAUUCAAACAAGAAUAUGAUAUCUUUACGAAAGGAAAAUGAAGAUUUAUACUGUAAAGUUAAAGAGUUUGAAGUUAGCAUUGAAGAGAGAGAUGCACAAAUCUCCCAAUUACAGGCUGCGAUAAACAUGUUGAAGAAAGAUGUGGAAUCACAUCAAGGAGAGAAAAAUGAAGUGGAAACAGAAAACAAAGAAUAUAAAGAGAAAAUCCGCAGAUUUCAGAAUGACUUAAAUGAUAAGGAAUCAGAAAUUCAAGAACUCAUGACAAAGAUAAAAGACAUGAAAGUUGAAAAAAGGGAGCACAAUACAACUUUGAAACUGAAGAAAAAGUCGAAUUUACAAUCUGAAAUGGAGAGUACCCCAUCAACACCAAAGGCACAUAGUAUGUCCAACAGAGAUAUAGCCCAAAGUAAAACCAACAACAAUGCACGGAUGACACCCAAGAUCCCUCCACUGAGUAAAGAGAAUCAGUGCACUAAACCAAAGUUUUCUCCAAAUCUAAACAAAGAAACUGUUGGCAAAAGACCAAGUCCCAAUGCAACCACUCCUAUGGCAUCUGUACUGAAAACUCCUCAACGAAGUAUUUUGAAAACAGAAAGUGGAAAUUCAGUUAUCAAAAAGAGAAGAGUGGUUUUUGCUUCAGAUGAUGAAGAUGAGAAUGGAUCUGAUUCCUCAGAGGAAAUGAUGGAACUGGAGAUAAACGAAGUAGAGAGUAGGCUGAAAUCUGUCACACCAAAGAGAACUCCAUUGCUGCUGAAACCUUCCCCAAAAGUAAAAACACCAGAUAGGGCUCUGUACUAUGGCAGUGAUGGCGAGGAAGAAUACUGCACCCCAAGAACUCCAAACAGGCUGCAGUUAAAUCGUGUACCGAGAGCUCCCGCCCCUCUAAAACAAGUGACUCCUUUAGAAAAGUCUCAGAACAUACGGAAGGCGCCUUCUAGACCUCAAGGAAAAUUCUUCCUAACUUCUCCAAAGGAAAGACUGAAGAAUCAGAAGAGUAAUUCAAAACUGGCCAAGUUAAAGAGGACAGAGGAUUCUUGGUUUGAACUGGAUUCAGUGUUUGGAUUUGAAGAUUAAUUUUGAAUUUUGUUUUAUGUAAUGAUAAACAGAAGAGAGGAACAUAUGUAUGCUUAGUGCUGAGAACAUUUGAAAGUGUUAUACUCCGUAUAUUUACUGAUUUGAACAAUCGUUACCAAAACUGUGAUGUACCAGUAACUGUGAUCCUGAGCUCUGUGAUAUUUAAUUUGUUGCUUUUAUUGACAAACAUUCCAUACUUCUUGCCUGUGAUAAACAAGUGACAUAAUUGUGAUAUGUGUUCAGUAUUAUACAUGUUAUACAUUGUGACUUUCAAGUUCCUGAAUAUAUAUAAUGAUUGGUUGUAUUCGUGUUCACAAGAAAAUAAACAUUAUAUAACAAAAGUUA